AAAAGGAAUAUUUAAAAUUUUUCAUUUAAAAAAAAAAAGAAGGAAAAAUUGAAAAUGAGAGAAGGAGGGUUAUCAGAAGAGGGUGCUCUGCCUCAAAUUAAAGAUGGGCGUUGGAAUUCUUCAACUCAAUUCAAAAAGCACUAUGAAUGCAGCACUGUGUAAUAUAUACCCUAUCUUCAAAUUCUCCGAGACUCACUCCCAACCGUCUCGCUGCCCUAGUUCCUGGAUCGCUGGCAGAAGCUCUAACCGGCUGCCAACUCCUCGAUCUCUGGUAAUUGAAACUGUGGAAGACCAAGUUGAUGGGGAAGCGCGGUCGGAGUCAGUUGCUCGUCGCCUCAUUCUGCUUCGGCACGCGAAGAGUUCCUGGACGGAUCGUUCGCUGCGAGAUCAUGAUCGACCUCUGAGUAAAGCUGGACGAGCUGAUGCCAUCAAUAUUUCUCACAAGCUCCAACAGUUGGGUUGGAUCCCGGAACUCAUCCUAUGCAGCGAUGCGAUGCGAACAAGGGAGACACUUAAAAUUAUGCAGGAGCAAGUGAGAGGCUUUUCAGAAGCUGAGGUACAUUUUAUUUCAAGCUUUUAUUCCAUUGCAGCAAUGGAUGGACAGACUGCUGAGCACCUUCAACAGGCUAUCUGUAAAUUUUCACGGGAUGAGAUUCUGACAGUUAUGUGUAUGGGACAUAAUAGAGGAUGGGAAGAGGCUGCCUCAAUGUUCUCAGGUGCUUCCAUAGAACUGAAGACAUGUAAUGCUGCUUUGCUGGAAGCCACUGGAAAAUCAUGGGAAGAGGCAUUUAAUUUGGCAGGACUUGGUGGGUGGAAGCUUCAUGGCAUUGUGAAACCGAAUACUAGCCAGUAACAUUGCAUUAAGUUUUGGAUGCUAACCAAAAACAAGCAGCUCUUGUUUUUGGUUGCGAUGUACGUUUGGCUCUGCUACUUGCUACUUGCUGACUUGUCCUUCUUUCCCCAUCUUCCCAAAAACCUUGUCUAGGUAACAUUAGAAAAGAAAAGAUCAUUUUCACAGUCCAAGCAUUCCCUGAAUAGGGGAAUGGAAGCGUGAUGGUUGGAUAGCUAUCAAUUCACCUCUGUCGGUAGCAUUUUUCUGUUGCAAACUAGAGAUAUUAGUCAGGACUUUGUGAGGUUGGCAUGCUAGGGUUGAGGGGUUGUAUCUUGGUAUGCUUUGCACUGGAUGAGUUUCAUCAUUUUUCAAUUAACAGAGGACAUUCCUGGUUUAGCCAUCAUCUGAAGAAUGAUGCAAGAUUGUGUCAAAAUUUGUUCUGCCUGUGGAAGAUAUCAUUACCUGAAAUUAUGCUAUUUGGGUAGGAUUGCUGAUUUGUUACAGUUGUUGACUAUAUCCAUGGGAUUGGUGAACCAAUAAUGCCUUCAAUGUAAAAAUGUAAUCUCAUUUCUCACCGGAGUCCUAUGUAAAUAUCAUACUUCAUAUGGAAAGAGGACAAUUUUCAUUUGAUCUGUCA